AGAUCUGCCAUUGCAAUUGGAUACAUGAAUAGUUGAUGUCGAGAAUAAUGUCAACACGAGACAGAGCUAUUGAUUCGAGAAGACGUCCGAUGAGGUCAUACCCUCGGUCCGGCGCAAAUGGACCCCGGAAGGACAUGCGACGCGUCUGGUGCGUGCAAAGAUCGGCAUCCUGGCAGAAAUCGCUACGCAAAACGGCCUGCCGAGCUUCUGAGGAUGCAGGGUCCUGGUAGCAGCCCCGCUUCCCCGGAGUGAGCAUGUGGUACUCCUGCGCCGUACGGGUCAAGACAUAACCCAAUCGCAACACCAAAUACCCCGAGCAAUUACAGAUCAAGAUGACGUUCAACUUCUCAACCCCUUUUCAAAUCCAAGCCUGGGCUGAAGACCGCACCCAAACCCUACUCCCUCGCAUCACACCCGCCCAAGUAACUUACUCCCUUCCCUCUCUCCGCGCCCUGAUCAAAACCACAUACCUCAUGACCUACCGCCCCGACGGGAACGCCUCCUUCGUAUUCGCCGAGACUGUCGAAGCUGAGGACUUUCAGGGAAGGAGGGGAUUGUUCAUUACGCAGGGGACUGGGCAAUUUGAGCUGAACCCGUAUAGGGCGUGGGGGACAUUUGAGGUUGUAAAGGGGACGGGAAUGGAUGGGUUGGCCGGAAUUGAGGGCAGGGGGAGUUUUGAUACGGUGCCGGAGAGGGUUUACCAUUUCGAGGUGGAUUUGGAUGAUAUGGUGGAGGAGUGA